GCUCAGCUAAACUUCAACUGAGACUUAAUGUAGACUUUCAUGUCUGGUGUCGGCAGACUGGUUCCGCUGACUCUGUUGAAGAUACAUGAAUGGUCGAGGUCGUCGUCAGGUUUAAAAUAUAUUCCUAAGUGGAAGUGGUUGGCUGUUUGCGCGAUGGGUAAUUCAAGUGGGCACAACAACACAUUGAGUAUUCCGUCAGGGAAAGGGCCACACCAGGUUGGAUGCACAGACCUGAUGGUGGGCCACAAAGUUCAGGGAUCGUUCUUCAGACUCUACUAUCCCUGCCAAGCAUCGGAUAAUCCUCAGCUGCCAGACUGGGUUCCGUGCAGGGAGUAUUUCAACGGCCUUGCUGACUUCAUGAAAAUGAACAGAACACUAAGUGAAAAAAUCUUCAACUACCUCUUUGGGUCUUGUAAAAUCCCAGCAGCCUGGAAUGCAUCGUUUAAACCAGAUGGGAAAUAUCCUGUGAUUAUAUUCUCGCAUGGACUAGGAGCUUUCAGGACAUUAUAUUCAGCCAUAUGUGUUGAACUGGCCUCCCAAGGUUUUAUUGUUGCUGCUGUUGAACACAGAGAUGAAUCUGCCUCUGCAACCUUUUACUUCAGAGAACAUACCGAGUCAGGAACAAAAAAGCAUGUUUCAUGUGAAAUAUUCAAACCUGUGUCUGAAAACCUGGAGGAGGAAUGGAUGUACUACAGGGCGCUUAAACCAGGCGAGAAGGAGUUUUCUUUGAGAAACAAGCAGGUGAAGCAAAGAGCGGAUGAAUGCAUUAGAGCCUUGAAAAUCCUCUUUGACAUCAAUUCAGGAAAGUCUGUGGAAAACGUUUUACAGAGCGUGUUUGAUUUGUCAACGAUGGAGAAUUCUAUGGAUCUGUGUAGAAUAGCCAUUAUGGGACAUUCCUUCGGAGGCGCAACAGUGAUCGAGUGUUUGUGCAAGGAAGUCAAAUUCAAGUGCGGUGUUGCGUUGGACGCCUGGAUGCUUCCUCUGGAUGAAGAGAUCUUUCCAAGCAUAAAGCAGCCAAUCUUUUUUAUCAACUCUGAGAAAUUUCAAUGGAUUGGGAAUAUCAUUCGCAUGAAGAAGCUGGACUCUGCUGUCAUACCCAGAAAAAUGAUAACCAUCAAAGGGACUGUGCAUCAGAGCUUCCCAGAUUUCACAUUUCUUACCGGUAACUGGAUUGGAAGGCUCAUGAACCUGAAAGGCGAGAUUGAUCCAUAUAUUGCUUUGGAUCUUUCCAACAAGGCAACUUUGGCUUUUCUUCAACAGCAUUUAGCUCUGGACAGAAACUUCAAUCAGUGGGACCCUUUAAUUGAUGGAAAAGAUGUCAACUUGAUUCCAGGAACCAAUAUUACUAUACCACAGGCAUCUAUUUAAUCAAGCAGCAUGACUAUUUUAAUGUUGCCAAUGCAUAUGUGCAUAUGUAACACAUGGGAUCUUAUGAUUAACAAGACCUAAUCAUGAAUGCGAAAUAUGUAGAGACGACAAAUUUUGACUGCUGUGUAUAUGAUUAAAUGUGGGUACAAGUAAUCUGAUGUAAAUUUCAUUAAUGUAAACAGGAGCGAAACUACAAACUCUUUACAGGUUAAUUAUGGAAACUAACAAUGAAAUACUUUGCAAGAGUGCAAUACGUGAUUUUUAAACCUCAGUGUCCCUGUGCCUUAAUGUUUUUACAGUUAUGUAUAUAAAAAUGUUAUAUCAAUUAAAUGUUACUGUACUGUUACAGUUAGCAGACAGAACAGGUUACAAAUGUUAAAUGUCACAUCUUGUGAGGAUUCAUAAAUCUGACCUGAUUCGUUAAUUCCGGAUCUAAAACGUAUAGUUCUUAUCUGCUCUCUUAAAUCAAUAAUAUAUCCACACUAAUACCUGAAAUUUUGAGGGCGAUUUCAAUCUCUUAGAAAACGUUUACAUUAGAAUGUACUAUACAAAUUUUACAAGUUGUUUGUACAUUUUUGGAACUUUAUUAAACAAUCUUCUUAAA